CGUGCCGGAAAGUCGUACGCGUGUAAAAUUUUGUGUAAGAGUUUUAUACGAAAUUCCAAUAUUAUCACGAUUUUAAGUAGGAUUUUCAAAGUUUUAGGUUUGUUGCAAAAAUGUUUAUGUGGGAAUGGUUUACAGGAAUGUUAAACUAUUUAGGGCUUAUGAAAAAGACUGGUAAAUUAGUUUUUCUAGGACUAGAUAAUGCUGGUAAAACAACCCUGUUGCACAUGCUGAAGGAUGAUCGUAUGGCGCAGCAUGUACCAACCCUGCAUCCAACAUCCGAGGAAUUGUCAAUGGGUGGCAUGAAGUUCACAACAUUUGAUCUAGGUGGUCAUAAGCAAGCUCGUCGCAUUUGGAAAGAUUACUUUCCAGCAGUUAAUGGAAUAGUCUUCAUUAUUGAUUGUGCCGAUGGAGAGAGGCUUCCCGAGUCCAAAAGUGAAUUAGAGAGUUUGUUGGCUGAUGAACAGUUAGCAAGUUGCCCUGUUCUUCUUCUUGGUAACAAAAUUGAUAUCCCUGGUGCUGCAAGUGAAGAUGUCAUUAGACAGUACUUUGGCCUUUAUGGUCUCACCACAGGAAAGGGAAAUAUUGCCGCUAAAGAUCUGCAAGCCCGGCCAAUGGAAUUGUAUAUGUGUAGUGUGUUAAAAAGACAGGGAUAUGGUGAAGGCUUUAGGUGGCUGGCCCAGUACAUUUAAAAUUUCAGUUUUUGUAAUUUAUGGAACUUGAUGCAGUGUCCUUGAAAAAAAAAAGAAGAAGAAAAAAGAAACUGGAAAGGCAGAGGAUGUGAAAUAAAGAACACAAGCUGCAUUUGUAUUAUCAGAGGAUACUCUUUCCUAAAUCAUAGCUAGAGAUGGACCAACCACAACUUCCUGUUUCAUGAUUGUGACCAACACCAUUGCAAAGUUAAACUGGAUGUGCUGGUAUAUCUUUAAACUUAAAUGAAUUUGUUCUAUCCAGAUUAGCUUGGUAAUGGCAUCAACAGCAGAAUUAGGAACAAAAGUUAUUUUGAUUAGAAUUUAAUGCAAUCUCUAACAGUUUCCUUUAUUUCUGUCCAUAAAAUUCUACAUGCAAUUGUCUUUGAUGCAGUAAAUGCUCUCCAACUGAUAAAAAGUAAUACACCAUGCUUUAAUAUGCUGUGGCUUAUUUAAAUGUGGUUUUGUGUUCCCAAAGUCAAUGGGCAGACUGAUUUGUAAAGGGUAGGAGAUUUUGUUUUAAUUUAGAGUAAACAAGGUGCCCUGUUAUUUUCAUCAAGUGUUGGUAAUGCCAUCCUCUUCCUGCAUUGGAGCUAGUUUUGUUAGUACAGAAUAGUACUAGUGAAAUAUGCAACUUGGCUCAAGUCAGCUUGAUUAGUUGCAUAAUUCAGCCUUCACGUGAGGAGUAGCCUUGACUCGAUGAAAAUAAAGGAGAAUGUUUUUCAUCAACAUUUCUCAAAACAGGAGACUUAAAACAAUUAUAUAUGUUUAGAUUUUAUCAGCUAGGUAUUGUUGCCUUCUCAGGGUAGGCUAGGCAAAACAGUUGUGUAAUGUUUUUUUCUUCGAAGUCUGGACACAGGUAUUUUCUGUUUUGCCUAGAAAACAAUACUGAUUAAUUUACACAAGGUAGUUAUGUGGAAAGUACCACAGAUCUGAACCUUGACAGUUCCACAGUCAAACACAAGUCUGUUAAACAAUUGGAUAUCCCAAAUUAGCACAUCCAGUUGAUUUAUGAUUUCAAUGGCUGACACGACAUUUCCUUCAAUUUUUUUCUUUUCGUUUUUUCCUUCUUAUUUUGGCAGUCUGUGUGGUUGUUGUCACUUUGUACUCAACUCCACUGGUGUUAAAAGAUUGAAUUGUAAGUUUGAUGUGCUGUGAUGAAAAAUGCAUGUGGAACUGGAUGGGUGAAGAUUCAAUUAACUUGAUAUUUUUGAGUGCAAGAGGACGUCCAACUUACCAAACUGACUGGUUAGAUUUUCCGACAUAAUUUUGAGUCCUCUUGUAAGAUUACACAUGUACAUUAACUUCAAUGCAAAAUAAUUAUUUUAUAUGUACAAUAUUAAAGAACUGAAAUAGUGAGCAGCA